CAGCGCAGCGGAGAGGCAGCGAUGUCUGUGCCGGAAACUGAGGCGGCGGCAGGGUGUCCUGUCUACGCUGCUUCUGGUCUUGCUUACCAGGACUCAAGGGCUGGGGGAGUGGUUUUAGGCAGACAAGCUUCUCGAUAGCGCCCCCUUUUGUUUUUGCCAGCGGGCGGAGGCGGUUCCAUACGGUCUUGGCUGCGGGCCGUGGUUGCGAUGAGGCUGUGGCGUCCGCCGGCUGAGACUGAUCCCUUCAUGGAGACAGAGAAGGAAAAGACUGGGGAGCACCCCAGGAAGGACAGGAAGAGGAGGCAGGUUCCCAACCAGCUGGUCCGGGCGACAGAGCCGAGGAGAGCCUGUCCGGCUCUGGAGGACACGCAGCCCCAGGCCAAGAAAGCUCGCUUAUCUGCCAAUUGUGAGGUAACCCCUGGCCAACUGUGUGAAUUGCUGAAGUAUGCAGUUCUGGGCAAAUCCAUUGUGUCUAGACCCAGUUGGUGCCAAAUUUUUCAACAAAACCACCUGAACAAUGUGGUGGUUUUUAUUCUUCAAGGGAUAAGUCAGUUGCAUUUCUACAUGUUCUAUUUGGAGUUCAAAUUUCUGCGGAAGACAUUCAGACAUAAAUUCUACUUGGGUCCUCCAUCAUCUAAUUUUCUAGCUGAUAUCAUUGGUCUGCAAAAGAAAACAACUGGAGAUCUGUCCAAGACCAGUAAAGGUUCAAGUGAAGGUCUUGAGCUGUGAAAGACAAGGAAAAAGCAAUUUGACAUGACUGAAGAAUAUAUCUUGUUG